AUGUCACAAAAUAAGAGUUGCUACUAUGAAUUUAAGGACAUGCACGGCUUUGUUACAAUUAAUGUAAAAGAUGAUUACCCACCAAAUAAGAAAGGUGAGGGGAAAAAUAGACGUACAAACGUAUUUUUUGAACUCGACAGUAUUGAUCAUGUAAGAAAAAGACCUCUGGUUCAGUUUAAUGAUGAGCAACUUCUAUUCCACUUCAAAAAGGUAACAGAAAAUAAAAAUUAUGAUGGUUCAUAUAAAGGAUAUUGGAUAUCUAAAAAAUCAGGAAGAAGGACAUCCAGAUAG